AUGAAUGAAGAACUUCGAUUAGUGUACUCUUUUGUAUUAGUAGAUGGUGACUUGAGUUACCUGUCAAACCAUGAUGAAUCUCUGUUCAUGAACUUAGUCUGUCUGCCCACAAGACUGAAGUUUAUUGGAUGUUUAAAGACUGUUUAUUUCAAUGAGAAGAAUAUUCUAUAUGGUCUUCAUGAAAGUGAUUAUGCUGUCAAGUAUCACAGUAUUUUCCCACCAGAAUAUGGGUGUGAACCUGUUACAGUGAUUCCCAUGACAUUUCCUUUCUUGGAGUCGCAUCUGGCUCUGGAACAGCCAAGUCGUAAAAACUUGCAGUUGUCACUGGAGUUUAAGACCAAGCAGUUUGAAGCUGUCAUUGCAAGUGCUUACAUCAAAACUGAGAGGGGUUUAGGUUAUUGGGAAGUUCGCUUGGCAGAAGAAACUCUGUUUUUCAGCAUCGUAUCUGAUAAGACAAAUCCCCAAAACAAAUGGAUAAUUAAAGCAGGAAAAAAUUUAAAUGAUCACCAGUGGCACCAAGUUGGAGUUAAAUAUGAUGGCGGGGAGAUUCAUCUGACUGUAGACUACCAAAAGGCUGUGCUUGGUACGUACACACUCCCUCUUGAAUUCCUAGAUGAACUGUUUUUAGCUGGGAAUCCAAAAAAUCCAAAAAUAGGUCUGAUUGGCUGCUUGCGAGACAUUUACAUCCAAGGAAAGUGGAUAGAUCCACGUAUGGUUGUGGGGACAAAACAUGCACCAGGAAAGGUGUCUAUGGAUAACUGCCAGUUGGUGGAUCUCUGUAAGAAUCCAUCUGCCUGUGAACAUGGAGGACACUGCUAUCUCAGGAACAAUGAAGUUAAGUGUAACUGUACUGGAACAGGAUACACUGGAGAAACUUGUUACUUUUCAAUAUACAAAAGAACUUGCCAGGAACUGUUUUUGGUAGGAUACAGAGAAUCAGGAGUCUACAAGAUUGACAUUGAUAGGAAUGGACCAUUACCUCCAUCCAAUGUUUAUUGUGAUAUGAGUCAGGAUGGGAGUGGUGCUAUUAUUACAAGGAUAGAGAACAAUGUACCACCAGAGAUGGAGAUUAGAAAAGCUGGUUUAUCUGACUUCUACAUCGAUGUAACUUAUCGUGAGUUCACACCAAAGAUGAUACAAUCUUUGGUUCACCAAUCAAAACACUGUAGCCAGUAUAUCAAAUAUGACUGCUUCAAAAGUCCUCUGGGUUUACGAUCCUACACGUGGAUGACAUCUACCGUGGAGGGACGUUAUGUCACCAGUUUUGGCGACUCUAGUCCAGAUCGCUGCAAGUGCGGGGUAAACUACAGCUGUGCCAAUUCAACUCUGAAAUGUAACUGUGAUGCUGGUGAUGACCGUUGGAGAUACGAUGAGGGUACCUUCACCAAAAAUAAAGACCUAGGCAUCACUAGGCUCUAUGUACUACAACCUCGUGACAUGCCAUCAGAUUCUGAAGCACGAUUUACUCUUGGACCAGUUGAAUGUGUGGAAGCAAACACUCAAGAAUAUGUCAUAACUUUUAAGACGUAUUUCUCCUACUUGAAAGUACCAGGCUGGCGUAGUGGUGAUCUGGCAUUUAGUUUUCGGACAUCGUCCAGUAGAGGGAUUAUACUCUACCAACCUCCGCUUCACCCAGGACAUGGGUACUUUAGAGUCUUGCUUACAGGCGACUAUGAAUUGGCUUUUGAGUUUGCUGUGAACAAUAAACUUGUGAGCAAGAAAGUCCUAUCGAAAAGAAGACUAAACUCGGGUGAGUGGCAGCAGGUGUGGGUAGACCAUGAUAAUCGUCACAUGAGGUUCACUGUUAACCUGGAAUCGUAUAUGAUGGAUCUUAAAGGGGAUGAAGAGGUUGCCAUGUUUGAAGGCCCAUUAUAUGUUGGGGGUGCUCCAAAGCAUGAAGUUGUAGACUUGGAGAUUAAGGAUGGGUUCAUUGGCUGCUUCCGAGGUCUUGUGGUGAAUGAUAAAGUUGUGGAUCUCUAUAAGUACUUGACAAAAAGUGCUCCUGACAUUGUUAAGGACUGUAGUCCUUCUUGUUCUCCAAACCCUUGUCAGAAUGGAGGAACAUGUGAAGAAUUCUGGGGCUCAUACAAGUGUUACUGUGCUAACCCAAUAGCUCACACUGGAGAUAACUGUGAACACAGUGAGAUCUAUAUUUACAUAACAUUUAUUAGAUACACGUUUUGUAUAUUAGUUAUUAUGGUAGAUAACUGUGAACACA